CAGGAGGUGGUAGUACUUUAUAUAAAAGCUGUUGGCCAUCCACCAUUAUUGUCAGAGGAAGAAACGAGGAACGUCUGUCAACCCGAACUCCUUACAAGCGAAACGAAUGUGAAGACACACCAGUAAAGCUGCGGUGGUAAAGCAAUGUCGUCGUAUCAGUACAUUCGACAUUUUGUCAACGAGCGACUAGCUGCUGCCGCGGAGGAGAUUGCCGGCGUCUUCAUAAAUACUAUCGUCGAGUAUGAAGAGGAGAUCGGACGUCAGCGUCGGCUUCUGGACGACGUUCGGAAACCAAGAAUAAAGCUACACAGAACUGACCACCAUGAGCAAGAUGUCGACAAGCAACAGGAAGUUCUUGCUGCGUCCUCCUGGCCCAGUGAGAACCAAGAAGACCCAGAACCUCCUCAAAUUAAAGAAGAGCCCCGCAGCAGUCAGGAUGGAGACGAGUUGGACAUGAAACCAGAGCGCGAUCAUUUCAGACUGAUUUCUGUUUGUCAGGAAAGUUAUAACACAGAGAAUCACCCUCUGAACUCGAGUCCUGGUGAAAGUCAGAAUCACUUCGAAGAGUCCGACUACGACAACGAUGCCUUUUUGCACAGCACCAAUGCAGAUGAGGGUCAGCAUGACAAACAAACUGAGCAUGGAGAUUCGGGAAAGAAUGUAGAGGCAGAAAUUAAGCAGAGGCUUGACAAGACAAACAAUCACGACAUCCAACAGCAAGAUGUCCCCAAGCAACAGGAGGUUUUCACUCGGUCACCCUGGUCCAGUGAGGAGCAAGAGGAGCCAGAAUCUACGGAAAUCAAAGAAGAACCUGACACCAGUCAGGAGGAAGCGGGGCCGGGAAUAAAGCAAGGGCUGGAUCCCUCGACCUAUUAUUUUCCUCUUUGUCCCGAAAGUUCCCAUAGAGAAGAUCGGGUUUUGGACUCCGAGAAAAAUACAGAGCCAACGCUAAAGCAUGGCCUUGACAUCCUCAGCGGUUACAGUCCAUACGCACAAUCAAGAAUCCACAAAGGGGAGAAACGAUGUGUUUGCAGCCUGUGCGGGAAACGAUUUUACAAUAAAACAACACUGAAGUUGCACACGAUGAGCCACACGGGCGAAAAGCCGUAUGCUUGCGACAUCUGCGGGAACCGAUUUACUGUAAUCGCCAUGUUGAAUCGGCACAUGAAGAUCCACACAGGUGAGAAACCGUACCCCUGUGGCCACUGCGCAAAGAGAUUUAGUGACAAAACAGCACUGCGGGUCCACAUGAGGACUCACACGGGCGAGAAGCCGUACCCUUGCGGCAUGUGCGAGAAAAGACUGAGCAGCGCCACGGCCCUCAAAGUUCACAUGAGGACUCACACGGGAGAGAAACCGUUCUGCUGCAACACCUGCGGGGGAACUUUCCGAGCCAAGACUGCGCUGAAAAGCCACAUGAGGAUUCACACCGGCGAUAAACCGUACACCUGUGACUUCUGCGACAAGAGACUGAGCAGCACGACAGCGCUGAAGGUUCACUUGAGGACUCACACGGGCGAGAAGCCGUACCCUUGCGGCAUGUGCGAGAAGCGGCUGAGUAGCACCACGGCACUUAAGAUUCACAUGAGGACUCACACGGGAGAGAAACCGUUCUUGUGCAACAUUUGCGGGAGUCGAUUUAGAGCAAAGGCGACAUUAAAAAUACAUACGCGGAUUCACACAGGUGAAGCCGUGUGACUUUUGCGAUGCGAAGACGGACGCUUCACACAGCUUCGGUCGGAGCUGAAGCAACAAUCCAUUCCUAGCGUUUUUUGCUCUGAUUUAUCAUCCGGGUCAUGGUCACCUGCAACAUUGAAUUAAGACAACUGAACACCAUGUGUUUUUUUUUUUUGUAGUAGGGUCCUCUGAAUCACACUUUUUUUAUCUUACCAUGUCAUUUUGCACAACUGCUUGCUUCCAACCUGGGCACAGUUUUGGGAAGGUGCUUUUCUCUUCCAGGAUAGCUGUGUCUCAAACAGUACCCGAUAAGACAGUCAAGUGAACCAUCUGAACCAACAGUGGACGUCUGUCCGACCUUUGCAUCAGCAAUAGCGCGUCUCCCCCUGGACAAGCAGGUCCGGAGUAAUAGCGGAGCAGAACGAUCGGCCCCCUAAGACCACUUAAAACAGUCAUCCGCACUGACGCACAAACACACCGUGGCCUAAUCAGAGCUGACAGGGCUUAUGGCUGAAGAAGAUGGGAGCCGAAAAAUAGUGCAGAGUAGCCAGAUAGAAAAAGCAGAGGUGGAGCGGCAACAGUGAUUAAGGAACAAAUGUGCUCUUUAAAGUUUUAAAGUGAAGCGCUGGCAGAAUGGCAGCCUCCCUCUUUAGUCCCUUCCCUCCUGUAAAAUGGAUGAUGUCCAUGGAAUAUUAGACUUGGCGUGAAUAUGCGCUUUAAGAGGUUUAGACUUGUCAUCUUAAUCUCGGGCGCCUCGGCACUGAACUCUGCACCCGUAAAACCCCGUAGCGUUACGGUACUCAAAAACUUUUUAAAAAAACCCAUUGAUCGACCAGAAUGAUGGACCACUAUGUUUAGCCACAACAAAAUACUCUGGUGGUCAUUUCAGGUCACGGUGUUUUAUACAUUUCUUCCAAAUACCCAACAUAGAGGCACAGGAAACAAUAUUCUGUUUUGCAGUGAAAAGUAAACGAGUCCUUCUUGGCUAUGGAGACAAAAUCGUCAGUAUGAUAACAAUUGGGAAAGAAAUUGUUUAGAAUUGCAAAUGAACAUAGUUUAACCUAUAUCAUAAAUCACAGCCGUUUGCUCAAAGACAUACCUUUUCCAAAUCUUUAAAGUGAUAUAAAAACAUGGCAGACAUACACAAUGUCCACUGAAACUCCAAACGUCCACGUAGAAAGAGAAGUUAACCAGUGUGCAAUAAGAUUAAAUGAAGUUUAUUUAGGCAUGCAGACUUUGAAAUAUGAUGUCAGGUGGCACAAUUAACCACUGUAUCCAUCUGGUACCAUUCAACCAACCAGGCCCAGAUUUAACACGUAUACAUAAUCUGUAAGUGAAUUGAGACGUUGCAGCACUGUUUGUUUGUUGGAAGCCCAAUUCAUAUCAUUGCUCCAAGCCUGCAUCUGCCAUCUUAUUCCUGUCCAUUACAAUAAAAAAAAAAAGAA